ACUUCCAGACUGAAUACUCAGAAUUUGACCGCUGCAUUUCUUCGAUUCCCGGGAAGAACUAACUUUCAAAGAUUACGAUGAGCACUUCCUCUUUGAAGAAGCAAGAUCAAUCUGAUUUAAAUGCCCCGUUGCUCAAAUCACAGCUCAACGAAAUGGCCAAAUCCGAAGACAGUACUGAAAAGAAGAGUUUGAGUAAGAAAAUUAAAGAUGUUGAAGUCAGUCUUCCAAUUGUGUAUGGUAAUAUUGCAUUCUGGCUUGGCAAGAAAGCAAGCGAGCACCAAUCACAUAGGUGGACUGUCUAUGUUCGCGGUGCAUCCAAUGAAGAUCUCGGUGAGGUGGUAAAGAGUGUUGUUUUUCAACUUCAUUCCAGUUUCAAUAAUCCAAGAAGGAUUUUGGAAACACCACCCUUUGAGUUAUCAGAAUCUGGAUGGGGUGAAUUUGAAAUUGUCAUUACUCUUUACUUCCACAAUGAUGUUUGUGAUAAGCCAUUGAGCUUAUAUCAUCAUUUGAAGUUGUAUCCAGAAGAUGAAUCUGGUCCUAUGUCAACAAAGAAGCCUGUUGUUGUGGAAUCUUACGAUGAGAUUGUGUUCCCUGAGCCUUCCGAGGCUUUUCUAGCCCGUGUGCAAAACAAUCCAGCUAUAAAUUUCCCAAGAUUACCAGCAGGCUAUACUUUGCCUCAUCCUGUACCAGCUGAAGUUGAUAGCAAAAAAAAGCGAGGUGACAUCAAAGAUCACUCCCUAAGCCAAUGGUUCACAAGUUUCUCAGAAGCAGAUGAGUUAUUGCAACUCGCAGCAGCUCGUCAGCAGGUACUGACUUUAGUCCUUGGGGGUGCUAUGAGUACUAGUCAUGAUCAAUUGAAAUGGGGUCAUUUCCACUCUGGCUAGUCAGAUGGGUCCCUUGCAUGUAUAUUAUUUCUUUCAGUUUCCAUUGAAGAACAGUUUCAUUGUCAAUUCUUAUAUUAUAAUUUGGUGUUGUGGCACAUACCAGGUAUGAGAGUGAGACCCUAUCCUUAAAUCUCGCUGAGUUCCUUUGAUGAUUUUUCUUUUAUAAGUGGGGUCCAAAUGAGUAAGUAGUACUAAUAAUAGUAAUAGUUUUCUCAUAUAGAAAAACUCAUUUCAAUAAUUCCAUUAUUGCCAAUCUGUAUCUAAGCUUAUAAGACUGUGGAGUCUUAUCUAAUUAUUAAUGUUUAUCCAUCUAAUCUUCUUUUUA